AUGGCGAAACUCAGCACUGCGAGACAGCCUGGGAAUGACUGGGAAGCUAUCUUUCGAGCCCACGAACCCGAGAAUUCGUCGUUGGCCAUCGAGUGGGAGACAGAGAAGAGGUUUAACGAGUUUGCCGACCUUUUCCUUGUUAAGAAGGAUGUUUAUAAGGCCUUCGAAUAUAUCCUUCCUGAAUACAUUAACCACAACCCCUUGGCUCAAAAUGGAGCUCAGUAUGCUUUGGAUCUCCUCGGUCCGAUCUGGGGAAACCAGUCGAUAACAGUGUUUCGUACUAAAUUCGAGGGCAACAUGUCCUGGCUUAACUACAAGAACUCCUUUGGCGAGAUUGUGGAUCGAUACCGUUGGGAGGAUGGUUGUAUCAUGGAGCACUGGGACCAAGGAGAGGAAUUCCCAACUACUUAG